CCAACAAUUUCUUCCCUCAACCUUUGUCUUGAUUAUCUAUUUCAUCUAGUCUUGAUUCUCUAUUUCACUAAAACAAAGGACUUGUGUAUGUCCAUAUUUGUAAAAUUUAAUCUAUUUCCCUACUGACAAUACUGCUUUUAAUCAUGAUUACCCUGAAAUGGAUCUCUAUUUCAUUAAAAUAAUGGACUUUGUGUACGUUAUUGUUUGAAAAAUUAAUUUAUUUCCCUUCUGACAAUCAUGCUUGUUUCCUCAAAUGGAUUAAUUGUGAUCAAUCUACGCCCUUUUUCACCUUAGCUACUUGGAGUACUUCUGUUUUUGUUUUCUCAUGCAUAUGAUGAUUUUCUCAGACUAAGGUGGCAUUUUAUAUAAUGAUUGAGAUUGCGAAGAUCGCUUAAGAAGUUUUACCCUUCCCCCACAUGUUUAAUUCUUCUCUGUUUUUAGUUGUUUAGGGGGGAUUAAUUGAUUGACUAAAAGUUUUUUUCCUGCAGAAAAGAACCCAUAUUUCCCCCUCCCUUUUUUUUUUGUUUUUAAGCAAUGAGUAUGUUUAACUUUUGCACCCUUUUCCAACAUCAAUUUGUUCAUUUCUAAUUCUAUGGACCACAUUCAGAUAAUCAGCUUAAUUGUUCCUUUCUAAUUCCAUCCCCCCCCCUCUUUUUUGUAAAGCAAUGAGUAUGUUUAACUUUUUGCACCCUUUUCCAACAUCAAUUUGUUCCUUUCUAAUUCCAUGGACCACAUUCGGACAAUAUACCAUUAAGAAAAAUCAAGCUCUAAAUCAGUCGCAGUAGAGCUACGUACUAAAUGCAAAAUAGAGACUAAUGGUAUAUUGUCAUAAUGUGUAAAUGCAGAAGAAGGAACCCUGAAGGAUAUGACAUGCCAUCUGAUUUGGAUCAAGCUCUCCUCCUCUACUUUGAUGGCCAGGAACAAGAUAAGCCAUCUACUCAAGAAGAACCCCACAAACCACUUAAUUUUGUAAAAGAGACUCUCAACAUCUUCCCCUCCCAGCCAAUGGAUGGAGAGCCAACUCCAACACCAAAGGUGCCAGUUCUCCUCUUAAGGCUUCGAUGUCAGCGCCGCCCAUCGCCGGCUUUUCCAGGAGAUCGCCGGCGCCAGCGGCGGCAGAUGGCAGGCCACUCACCCUAGGCAAGACCUCCAAGGCAGCAUUCAAGAAAGAAGGUGGCAGUGGCAGCGGCGGCGCCAUGGCAGCGUCAGCAAGUUCAGAGCUCAAGGGGCCCAAGACGCCGGACCCCAAAACGCUGAGAAGGCUGGCGCAGAAUAGAGAGGCCGCAAGAAAGAGCAGGCUAAGGAAGAAGGCUUACAUUCAGCAGCUAGAGACAGGCAGGAUCAGGCUGGCGCAUCUUGAACAGGAGAUACAAUUCACAAGAGCUCAGGGUGCAUUCUGCGGUGCUGGAAUUCUAAGCCCAGACGCUGCAUUGUUCAACUUGGAGUAUGAGCGGUGGCAGGAGGCACACCACCAAGUGAUCAGCCGGCUCCGGGCCGCUGUGGAGGAGCACCGACCGGAUGGCGAGCUGCAGCCCCAUGUCGAUGAAGCCAUGUCACACUAUGGGGUGCUGAUGGCUCACAAGGCUAGGCUGGUUGGUGCUGACCCCCUCCACCUCCUCUCCGGCCUGUGGAAGGGCGCCGUAGAGCAAUGCUUCCUCUGGAUAGGCGGCUUCCGCCCCUCGGAGCUUAUCAAGGUUGUGGUCCGGCAUGUGGAGCCCCUGACGGAGCAGCAGCUCGCCGCCGUCUACAGCGCGCAGCAGGCGGCGAGGCAGGAGGAGGACGCGCUCGACGGCGGCCUGCAGGCGCUGCUCCGGUCGCUCUCCGACGUCGUCUCCUCCUCGGACGCGCCGUCGUCGUCGCAGCAGACGCCGCCGGUGAUGUACCACCCCUCCGCCGCCGCCGCCAUGGCUGCGGCGAGCUUCAUGGGGCAGUACGGCAGCUACAGCAACCUGCAGCUCGCCAUGGACAAGCUCGCCAACCUCGCCAUCUUCCUACGACAGGCGGAUGAGGAGAGGAUGCGGACGCUGCACGCGCUGCGGCGGAUGCUGACGGUGAGGCAGGCGGCGCGCUGCUUCGUCGCCGUCGACGACUACUUCGGCCGCCUCCGCGCGCUCGCCUUGUUCUGGACCACCACCCGGCCGCACCCGGCCGCCGGCUAGAAAUCAAUUGAAUCGGCUUAGCUUAGGUUAUUAGCCACACACGCACACAUGCAAAGAGUAGCUAAGGCUAUAUAGCGACAUGUAAGAGGGAGACGAGGAGUAGAUAUAUAGCUAGAGAGAGCAUAUGCACCAUCUUAACGAUCAAAAUAAGGUUGUAUGUGUAUUCGAUCGGGAAAAUAGUUUUAAAAAUAGACUCGACGUGUUGAUCUUGAUUCUUUUUUUUA